GCUGCGCACUCGCCCGGCCCUUUGUCAUCGUGCACUGCUGGAAGCUCACACUUCUUCCAGCCUCCCGCGGGCUCUGGACUUGACUCUGACUGCAGCGCCUGCCUCAGGGGCGCGGAUCUAGGGCCUUUGUCCCGAGCUGCGGGAUGCGCGGGAAGCGCCACGCAGCAGAAUAGCUGUGAGUCCGGGAAGCGGAUCCCAGAGCAGAGGAGCGCUGCCCAGCCGUGCUGGGUGAAUUUGGGGAUGGAUGCUGCGAGACCGCCGAGUAUGAGCAGUUCCCAGCUGGCUGUGUGAAGUGUGGCUGUGCCAGCCCUCCUAGUCGUGAGGACUUGGCACUGAAGACAGAGACUGGACAGGCCUGGUUCAGCCUACUGGGUUCUAGGAGUGGACUGAAGCCUUAGCAAGACCAUGAGUGAGGACACGGUCCCCGAGGCGGCCUCCCCACCACCCUCUCAGGGGCAACACUACUUCGACCGGUUCUCUGAGGAUGACCCUGAGUACUUGCGCCUUCGCAAUCGCGCAGCUGACCUGCGGCAGGACUUCAACCUGAUGGAGCAAAAGAAGCGUGUCACCAUGAUCCUGCAGAGCCCUUCUUUCAGGGAGGAGCUGGAAGGCCUCAUCCAGGAGCAGAUGAAGAAGGGCAACAACUCCUCCAACAUCUGGGCCCUCCGACAGAUCGCGGACUUCAUGGCCAGCACCUCCCACGCAGUCUUCCCAGCUUCUUCCAUGAACUUCUCCAUGAUGACACCCAUCAACGACCUCCACACUGCCGACUCCCUGAACCUGGCCAAGGGGGAGAGGCUUAUGCGGUGCAAGAUCAGCAGUGUCUACCGUCUCCUGGACCUCUACGGCUGGGCACAGCUCAGCGACACCUAUGUCACGCUGAGAGUGAGCAAGGAGCAGGAUCACUUCCUGAUCAGCCCCAAAGGGGUUUCCUGCAGUGAGGUCACAGCAUCUAGCCUGAUUAAGGUGAACAUUCUGGGAGAGGUGGUUGAGAAGGGCAGCAGUUGCUUCCCAGUGGACACCACAGGCUUCGGUCUGCACUCAGCCAUCUAUGCCGCCAGGCCCGACGUGCGGUGUGCCAUCCACCUGCACACGCCUGCCACAGCAGCGGUGUCAGCUAUGAAAUGUGGCCUCCUGCCUGUCUCCCAUAAUGCCCUGCUGGUGGGGGACAUGGCCUACUAUGACUUCAAUGGGGAAAUGGAGCAGGAAGCUGAUCGAAUCAACUUGCAGAAGUGCCUUGGACCCACCUGCAAGAUUCUGGUGCUAAGAAACCAUGGCAUGGUCGCCCUGGGUGACACCGUGGAGGAAGCUUUCUACAAGGUCUUCCACCUGCAGGCUGCAUGUGAAGUACAGGUGUCAGCUCUGUCCAGUGCUGGGGGCACUGAGAACCUCAUCCUCCUGGAGCAAGAGAAACACCGGCCGCAUGAAGUGGGCUCUGUGCAGUGGGCCGGCAGCACCUUUGGGCCCAUGCAGAAGAGCCGGCUGGGAGAGCACGAAUUUGAAGCCCUCAUGAGGAUGCUGGACAACUUAGGCUACAGAACAGGCUAUACAUACCGCCACCCCUUUGUCCAAGAGAAAACCAAACACAAAAGCGAAGUGGAGAUCCCAGCCACAGUCACUGCCUUUGUGUUCGAAGAGGAUGGUGUCCCAGUCCCUGCCCUGCGCCAGCAUGCCCAGAAGCAGCAGAAGGAAAAGACCCGCUGGCUUAACACUCCCAACACCUACCUGCGGGUGAACGUGGCCGACGAGGUGCAGAGGAACAUGGGCAGUCCCCGACCCAAGACCACGUGGAUGAAGGCUGAUGAAGUGGAAAAGUCCAGCAGUGGCAUGCCCAUACGGAUCGAAAACCCAAACCAAUUUGUGCCUCUCUACACUGACCCCCAAGAAGUGCUGGACAUGAGAAACAAGAUUCGAGAGCAAAACCGACAAGACAUAAAGUCAGCAGGGCCUCAGUCUCAGCUCUUGGCCAGCGUCAUCGCCGAGAAGAGCCGGAGUCCGGUACAGCAGAGACUGCCCCCAACCGAAGGGGAAGUGUAUCAGACUCCUGGGGCUGAGCAGGGGACCCCUGAGUCCUCAGGCCCACUCACCCCAUGAUCUUAGGUGCUGGGCUAUUGCUGCAUAGUGAAGGGCCACCACACAGGUGGCUGUGAGGUCCAGGGAGGAUGAUGUUGGCUCGCUCCUGGGUGUGCUGGAUAGUUAGCAUCAAGGAGCAGCCUAUGUGUUCAUGGGAAGGCCUCUGACCGGCCCCACACCCCCUAACAUGGGACUUCAUGAAGUCUUCUCUCAGGGUCCUGCUGAAUUCUGGUGCCCAAAGUGUUUCUGGCCCCUGGGUUGGAUGUAGCAUCAUCACAAUACAGUGAGGGAGGCUGUGGCUAGGACUGCUGUGCUAUGGGAUGGGAAGGGUAAAGAGUAGCCAUACAAACAUAGUUAGAGUUAGAAAGCAUGAUGUCACUGUUUCUGUGUUUGAUGGGAUGGUAUCUUGUCUAGGGCUUAGUAGCAGAUGGCAUUGCAAUUCUGCCUUGUGUGGCAUUGUGGCUAUUCAUGGCUUGUGGCAAAGGGUGUGACAUUCCUAGACAGAGGCUAAUGGGAUGGGCCAGGGCCCAUUAUUCUCUGUAGAGCGUGUUAAUGUGAUAUGGUUGCAGGUCAGGCAGCAGCAGGUCGCACCCUCACAUCUGCCUCCUGACCUCCCCCAACUCAGCCAAGUCAGUGAACUCUGAGCACGCCAUAGGUCGAGGUUAGAAAUGGCCUGUGAUCCCAGAGGGAUGGAAAAUGAGCACAGAGCAAGGUUGUCCAAAAGCAGCUCUGUCCUUCACAGCAGGAGCUCUCAGUCAAGUCCCUCGUGCUCCUUGGGAUCUAUCUUAGACUCACCUUUGACUCUGAAACCUGUUGCGAUACGCCUAUGGUCACUUCCGAAUGAGUGAAGCCCAUAAGCAGUGACCAGAAACCCUGGUUGCUCUGGGCUCACCUCCUUGAGGUCUCACUCUGCUCUCCUCCCUUGAGAGUAAGUGAUGUCUUCGGAUGGGCUGCAGUGAGGUCACUGACUUAGGAAAAGGACAUCUAGGUCUGUGGUUCAGUCCUCCAUUGAGAAAGAGGGACCAGAUGAUUCAUAUCCAGGGGCUCAACUGAGGUACAAAACAGAGGUUCUGUCAGUGCCCCUGCCAUGGCCUGCAGAACAGGCAGCUGAAGAUCCUAGAUGCAGGGUCUGGCCUCUUGGUCACCAUGACUCCAGGAUUCACUGCUUGGACUGAGAAUGCUGAAGCCCUUGUAUCUUGUUGUUUUAAUGCUGUGUGCUGAGGCUUGUGCUGCUGUUGGGGAGCAGGGAGGGACAGUCUGGGAGAGGGCUGGCAUGCUGCUUGCUCUAUCUAGCCAAUGCUAUGCUUGCUAGACUUUGUCUGACUGACUUUGGGCCAUCAAAUGUAUGCACAGUCAUGGCUUGGAUGUGUCCAUAGAUGGGAAUGCAAUAAAGGUAUGUCUUCUGCUUGGGA